AAAAACACUCGCUAGUCUCUCAGCAACUUUAAUUUGUUCAAAAUACGCUGCUUUUACUUUGCCGUUUCAUUGAAUCUCUCUCUCUCUCUCUCUCUGUAUAAGAAUUUCACUUUUACUUUCUCACUCUAAAAUCUGCCCUCAUUGUCUCGCCUCUGUCUACUUCAAGAAUUGAUGUCUCUUCAACACUUUCUCUUAUUUUAAGUACCCUCUCUCUCUUUCUCUCUCUUUGCUACAUUUCCUUUUAAAAACCUUCUCUCAAAAACAAAAAGAAAGAAAGCCCUCACAUUUUUGUUCAUUGCUUUUUCCAAAGAGCCAAUUCCAGUCAAAUUUAGGAAAUUUCCAUCGUUUUUGGCAGUGUGAUUCAUACAGAACCUAUACUUUUUUUUUAGUAACUAGGGAUGGAUUGAGUUUCUGUUAAAGGAGAUAAAGAAAAGAUCCAAAAACACUAGUAGUAGAGAAGCAGAUAAGAAAGAAGCAACAAUGAGAGAAGACAAAUCCAAGACUAAUAAGCUGGCAUGGUCCAAGAAGAUGGUAAGGAAAUGGUUCAAUAUCAAAAGCAAAACAGAGGAGUUUCAAGCAGAUGAUCCUACUUCUGCUAGAGUUGAAGUAGAGCAUAGAAGUAGCUUUUCAGCUGAGAAAGCACCUUCCACAAUCAAGAAUACCAAAACUGAGAAACUCAGUAAGAACUGGGAGCAGCAAGCUCGGCAAAGGAGAAUGAAUUAUGAGAAUCCUAGGAUCAUUGAUGUCCAAAACUACAGCAUCUUUGUAGCUACUUGGAACGUAGCUGGACGCUCUCCUCCUUCAGACUUAAACCUUGAUGAGUGGCUUCAUUCAUCAGCUCCUGCAGAUAUAUAUGUACUCGGAUUCCAAGAGAUUGUUCCUCUUAAUGCUGGAAAUGUCCUUGGAGCUGAAGACAAUGGACCUGCUCAGAAAUGGCUCUCUCUUAUCCGUAAAACGCUCAAUAACCGACCAGGAACUAGUGGAACGAGCGGUUAUCACACGCCUUCCCCUAUCCCUGUGCCUAUGGCAGAGCUUGAUGCUGAUUUCUCUGGAUCCACAAGGCAAAAAAACUCUACUUUCUUCCACAGACGGUCUUUUCAGACCCCGAGUAGUACAUGGAAUGAUCCUUCUAUUCCUCAGCCAGGUCUUGACCGUCGUUUCAGCGUCUGUGACCGUGUCUUCUUCAGCCACAGGCCAAGUGAUUUCGACCCAAGUUUCCGUGGUAGUAGCAGCAGUCACAGGCCUAGUGAUUACUCUAGAAGACCCAGUGAUUACUCUAGAAGGCCUAGUGACUAUUCCAGAAGGCCUAGUGAUUAUUCCAGAAGACCCAGUGAUUCAAGACCGAGUGACUACUCUAGACCAAGUGAUUACUACUCUAGACCGAGUGAUUAUUCAAGGCCAAGUGACUUCUCAAGGUCUUCAGAUGAUGAUAAUGGUCUCGGGGAUUCUCCAAGCACCGUCUUGUACUCACCAGGUUCUGCAGCAAACGACAACGGAUAUAGAAUCCCGUGGAACUCUUCACAGUAUUGUUUAGUUGCUAGCAAACAAAUGGUGGGUGUCUUCCUAACUAUUUGGGUGAAAAGCGAGCUAAGAGAACACGUUAAGAACAUGAAAGUAUCUUGUGUUGGCAGAGGACUAAUGGGUUAUCUUGGAAAUAAGGGAUCGAUCUCAAUAAGCAUGUUGCUCCAUCAAACAAGCUUUUGCUUCGUCUGUACCCACUUGACUUCGGGACAAAAAGAAGGCGAUGAGCUAAAGAGAAACUCUGAUGUCAUGGAGAUACUCAAGAAAACGAGAUUUCCUCGCGUUAAGAGUUCAGAGGAAGAAAAGUCCCCUGAGAACAUCCUUCAGCAUGACCGGGUAAUAUGGCUUGGUGAUCUAAACUACCGUAUUGCACUGUCUUACCGAUCUGCCAAAGCACUCGUUGAGAUGCAGAACUGGAGAGCUUUACUAGAAAACGACCAGUUAAGAAUUGAGCAAAAAAGAGGCCAUGUUUUUAAGGGAUGGAAUGAAGGAAAGAUUUAUUUCCCACCAACCUACAAGUACUCGAGGAACUCAGAUAGAUAUUCUGGAGACGAUCUGCAUCCCAAGGAGAAACGUCGCACUCCUGCUUGGUGUGAUAGGAUAUUGUGGUUUGGUGAAGGACUGCAUCAGUUAUCAUACGUAAGAGGAGAGUCACGGUUCUCGGAUCAUAGACCGGUCUAUGGAAUUUUCUGUGCAGAGGUUGAGUCAGCUCAUAAUAGGUUAAAGCGAACAACGAGUUACUCCACUUCACGGGUCCAAGCUGAAGAACUCUUACCUUACUCCCGUGGAUACACCGAGCUCAGCUUCUUCUAGAAAGACACAGAUUUCCAUUUUUUCUGCUCUUUACGGUGAACACAAGUUUUUUGGUUCUUUGAGAGUGAUGGAGACAUUCCAUUGCCACUUUAACUCAAAGGGAACAGGUGUAGAAUGUGUUUUGUUGUACUAUAAUUUUGGCCUCGGUUAACUAAUUUUCACAUACCGGCGGUUCUGAGGCCUUCCCGGUUCAUAGCAUGGUUUUUGCUAACUCUAGUAGAUGUGAAUUUUACAGCAACGUCAUAAGGCAAUCAACUAACCCAAUCAGAAACUGCCAAGUGGACAGAUGGAAGUUCUUUGAUUUUUUUUUUUUGUUUGUUUAUUUCUCAUUCUUUUGAUUUAGCAAUUAUCAAUAGGGAAAAUAUCAUUUUCUUGUCUUUCUUAUUUAGUAGCAUGCCCCCUAGAUAAUCAUAUUAUUGUAAUGCUUAUUUAUAUAUGGUUUACGUCAAGAAUAUCUGAAAAUAUACAAAAAAGAAAUAUUCUAAUUCCACUUUAUUUAUGAUAAUUUCCAUAAAGGAAAAGUGAACUGAUACCGUCUUGUAAUUAUCGUUGGACUGAAAAAAGUUUGGGUUGCUUGACAACCUCAAAGGCAGCUCACUUCAUCU